AUGCUACUUGUUUCCAAGUCUGCCUGUCUGUUAGGUAAAACUAUAAUCCUCUCUCUCUCUCUCUCUCUCUCUCUCUCUCUCUCUCUCUCUCUCUCUCUCUCUCUCUCUCUCUCUCUCUCUCUGUGUAUCUUGGUUACAUCGACGAAGACCUCAUCAAACACCUUCACCUACAACAUUGUCACAGUUGUUCUGUUUACAGAAUUUCUCAAGUUGAUUGUAGCUAUUGUUAUCUACUUGAAAGACCACACUUGCUCCAGUUUAUACAAGGAAAUUAUUCGGAAUAAACAUGUGUUUGUCAUGUACAUUGUCCCAGCUGCACUUUACAGUCUUUACAACAACUUGCAGUUUGUCAACUUGGCAACAUAUGACCCUACAACAUAUUAUGUUUUGCUGCAGUUCAGAGUUGUUGUUACAGGUAUAGUUUUUCAGAUCCUCUUCAAAAAGCAGCUGAGUUUUAUCCAAUGGGCCUCUAUUUGUUUGCUUACCUGUGGUUGUAUCCUUAAAGACCAACCAGAGUCUCAGCUCCGCAAACAAUUCAGCCAAUCUCAUUGGUUUUCCAUUGUUUUUCAUUAUCAUUCAAGUGUUCUCUUCUUGUUUUGCUGGUGUCUAUAA